GAUGUCUCCAGGAGGAAGAAUCCCUCCUGUUAGCAGAUCUGGCUCUUCUUCCUCCUUACAGACUUCCCACUGUCCCAGAGCCUCCUCCUCUUCUCUGCAGAUCUGCCUGUACCCUGCAGGGUCCAUUGGUCAUGCCAGACACACCAGUGGAAGACUCCCUCUUCCAAAUCAUACACUGCUUCCAUCACUAUGCUGCCCGGGAAGGGGACAAGGAGACCUUGUCCCUGGAGGAGUUGAAAGCCCUGCUCUUGGAUAGUGUGCCUCGCUUCAUGGACACCUUGGGCCGCAGGCAGCCAUACUACAUCACAGAGCUGUUCCGGGUGGCUGACAAAAACAAGGACAACCAGAUCUGCUUUGAUGAGUUCCUGUACAUCUUGGGCAAGCUGGUGAAGGACUAUCAUCUCCAGUUCCACCGGCAGUUGUGCACACACUACUGCACCCAGCACAGCCUCUACUAGAGGGAGAACAGGCAGUCUCUCACCACAGGAAUCUCUCUCUGGAGACAUGGCCUGACCUUGAACAGCUUACAGAACUCAGCAAUGUAUUUCUUCUUAGGUGUGCACACAUGUGUACAAAUAAUAUCACAAAUAAUUCUGAGAAGUACGCAGAUCUUGGUUCUGGGUAUCCCUUAAUGUUCAGUAAAAGAAAUUUAGUCUUUAUUAUGAGGAACAU